CUAGUUCGGUCGUCUUGCGACAAGAAACACAAUCUGCCGCAGUCAGCCGGUGUCAUGCCGGUAGAGGUAAAACGAGUGUACAUUUGAUAUCUAAACAAUCUGAUUUUUGCCAAAUGAUGCCAAGGUUAAGUUCACCGAUUUACGAUAAUAGCCUGCCUGCCCUACAGUAGGCCAUUCAGACUCAUUUAUGAAACUGAUCGAUAUUGAUUGCAUGGAUAUUUGUGUUAUAAAAUGUCACGUCAAUUUGAAGGAGUUUGCGGAAUUAAAUGAUGAUUCCAAUGAGAUGUCAUCUGUCAUGGACUGAGCGCUGGUGCUGGCUGCCUGGGCAGAGGAUCCCUGUUGCUAGGGAGACCUAGGGUAAACUACAGAGACAGGAGAGAGAAGAAGAGGUGGAGAGAGAGAGGUCCAAAGAGGAAGAAAGGACUGAGGGAAGAGAAGGAGAGUCAUAGAGAGUCUCAGGAUGGGUUAUGACCUGGAGAGGUUUGUGGGGUACGUGAACGAGGGGCUUCUGUGCUGUGUGUGUCGGGAUGUGUUGGAGCGCCCCCUCCAGGCCCCUUGUGAACAUGCCUACUGCGACGCCUGCAUCAGCUCCUGGCUCAUACACCACCACUCCUGCCCUGAGGACAGACUUCCACUGGACAUCAGCACUCUGAGACCACUGCAUAGGUACAUGCGUAAUGACCUGUCCAGGCUCCAGAUCCGUUGUGUUAACUCUGGCCAGGGCUGUGAUGCCGUCUGCUGCCUGGAGACACUUCACACACACGAGGACGAGUGUCCAUUCACAUUCAUAUCCUGCUCCUCCACAGGUUGUCCGAUGCAGGUGGAGAGGAGGGCUCUAGAGUCUCACCUGUUGGAGUGUGAGUUCCGCAGCAGGGCGUGUCCUAGUGGCUGUGGCCACACGCCCCUCUCUGUAGACCAAUCACAGCACAACUCUGUUGCGGAGCUACGAACAGAAUUGGAGCUGCUCAGGGCAGAGAUGUUGGGUAAGGUGGAGGAGGUGAGGCGUGAGAUGGAGUCGAGGCUGGACUCUCAGAGGAGACACAUGGUGCAGAAAGAGUCUCUGCUGAAGAGCGAGGUGGAGGACCUCAAGGGCCAGGUGUCGAGGGUGAUGUGUGAUGUGCGGGCUCUCUUGGGGGCAGAGCGCCUGCGGAGACAGGAGCUGGCAGAAGCGGAUCUAGAGAAGAGGGAGCUACUGGAGAUGCUCCGGAGCCUGCAGCCAUGCAGGGGCCAGCGGAACAGAGACGAGCCAAUCAGAGGACUGCAUCAAGAAGACAGGACAAUUAGGAGCCAGCAUCAAGUGGAACACCCAACCAGGGGCCUGCUGAGGGCGGGGCCAACACAGGCUUCUACCCAAUCACUACCCUCGGCUUUGCCUACUCCAGCCUUAUACACGCCUACCUCCCCACAGCCAGGGGAGGGGUCACGCAUGGCCUGCCCCCGCAGCCUUACCCUCGACUGCAUCAAGAGCAGAGAGGUCACCGUCAUCUGAGGGGCCAUUCCUAAUGUUACUGGGUUAUGUUCAGUACUGGGUUAUGUUCAGUACUGGGUUAUGUUCAGUAGGCACAAAUGAGAGAAAAACCAGCUGAGAUCCUAAAUAAAGUCUGCUGAAACACC